UGCUUUGUGCGUGCCUCCCUCUGUGUGACUGCAGCAGGAGCAUGAUGAAGGUCCACUGCAUCCUCCUCCUCCUCAUCUCCACAGCCGGGCUGGCGCUGUGCUACGAGGACGAGACCCGCCUGGUGGAGGAUUUGUUCAGCAGCUACAACAAGGUGGUGCGGCCGGUGGAGGAUCACCGGGAGGCCGUGGUGGUCACCGUGGGGCUGCAGCUCAUCCAGCUCAUCAGCGUGGAUGAAGUAAAUCAGAUUGUGACAACCAAUGUACGCCUGAAACAGCAAUGGACAGACGUCAACCUCAAAUGGAAUCCAGAUGACUACGGUGGCGUAAAAAAAAUCCGCAUCCCCUCAGAUGAUAUCUGGCGGCCAGACCUUGUUCUUUACAACAACGCAGACGGGGAUUUUGCCAUUGUAAAAUACACCAAAGUCCUUCUGGAGCACACAGGUCGGAUCACCUGGACACCACCAGCUAUUUUUAAGAGUUACUGUGAAAUUAUUGUCACACACUUCCCGUUUGACCAGCAGAACUGCAGUAUGAAGUUGGGAACUUGGACCUACGAUGGUACAGUGGUUGUUAUUAACCCGGAGAGUGAUCGUCCAGACCUGAGUAACUUCAUGGAGAGUGGGGAGUGGGUGAUGAAGGAUUACCGUGGCUGGAAGCACUGGGUGUACUAUGCUUGCUGCCCUGACACCCCCUACCUGGACAUCACCUACCACUUCCUCAUGCAACGCCUGCCUCUCUACUUCAUUGUCAACGUCAUCAUCCCCUGCCUGCUCUUCUCCUUUCUAACUGGGUUAGUUUUUUACCUACCCACAGAUUCAGGUGAGAAAAUGACUCUCAGCAUCUCUGUCCUGCUGUCUUUGACUGUGUUCCUGCUGGUCAUCGUGGAGCUGAUUCCCUCCACCUCCAGCGCAGUGCCUCUGAUUGGCAAGUACAUGCUGUUCACCAUGGUGUUCGUCAUCGCCUCCAUCAUCAUCACCGUCAUCGUCAUCAACACGCACCACCGCUCCCCCAGCACUCACACCAUGCCCCACUGGGUCAGGAAGAUCUUUAUUGACACGAUCCCAAACGUCAUGUUUUUCUCUACAAUGAAACGACCAUCAAGAGACAAACAAGACAAAAGUAUUUUUGCAGAAGAUAUUGAUAUUUCUGACAUUUCUGGGAAGUCAGGUUCUGUGCCUGUCAACUUCUACUCCCCGCUUACCAAAAACCCAGAUGUGAAAAAUGCUAUAGAGGGAAUCAAAUACAUUGCAGAGACGAUGAAAUCGGACCAAGAAGCCAGUAACGCUGCAGAAGAAUGGAAGUUCGUUGCAAUGGUGCUUGAUCAUCUCCUCCUUGGUAUAUUUAUGCUAGUUUGCUUUAUAGGAACAUUAGCUGUAUUUGCUGGUCGCCUUAUUGAAUUAAAUCAGCAAGGAUGAAAGUCAGAUGGAAACUAUUGGCUACCCUGAACAUCUGAAAGCAUCAUAACCAUCAAAAUCUGGCCAGCCUCUGAAAGUUUCACUGACAGGAAUCAGUGACUGCUGGGAAGGGGCAGGGAUGAUAAAAUGUAAGGCAUACUUAGCACUUCUGAACUGCUGCUCAGUAGCAUUUAAUUGCCAAAAAGAAACACUUGCAUUACUAAUAAACUUGAAUGGCUGUUAGACAGAUUUUGAUCAAUUUUACCCUUUGUUAAAAAUGGUAAUAUAUUAAUAAGACUGUCUGACUAUUCCAAUGAAGUCAAUAGCAGUGUAAUAAGCUUUAGCUGAGCUGUAAAUCUGUAUCCAGCUUUAGAAUUCAAAUGGGUUUUAGUAUCAGCUCUGUGGCUUCUGUAUUAGCAGGGUCACUCCUCUGAUAGCACUAGAUAUAACCAUCAGAAAUAUCUCCAUGCUUAAGUACUUGAUUUUCAUGCCCAAAUCUGAACUGACUGACUCUACCCAUAGAAGCUCUUGCUGCAGCAGAGAGGAGAGACUUGUUCUUUACUGUGAGAAGGUCCAACCUAUUCCUAGGAUAAUCUCCAUAUUCAGCCUACUCUGGUCUUGGAAGGCUGGUUUCCACUCUGCAUUUGGAGUGAUGACUAAUGUGGGGCACCUUCAAACUUGGGGGUGUUUAUUUAAACACAGUUCUCUCUGAUUGCUGACCACUGUCCCCUGCCCUGCUGAAACAGACCUGAGCGCUAGUCAGCCCCACGGCUCACAGCCAGGGAGUCACGGAGCCCGGCCGUCCCGCCGUGCGUGUCCCGGCGACAGCGCCGCUCCUCCUGCUCAAAAGUUGGGCAGCAGCUCUCUCUGGUGGCUAAAGCAAAGCAGUGCUGCCUCUGCCAACACCGCCGCGCUUUGUUUACUCCAGAUUCGACCUCUGCAAGAAGCCUCUCUGCCUUUCAAUAACGCGGUGUGGCAACAGCAGCAGUGCUGCCUCUUCUCAAAAAUAAAUAAGAGUAGAGGUGGGGCAACUGCGACAAGUUACUCAUCUUUUCCAGCUGGCUGUCCAAGCCAAGAGCCCUGCUUUGCUAACAGCUGUAAACAAUUUGCUGUGAGUUUAGUAAAAUAAUUCAUUUUAUGUUAAUGCUCUGCAGAAGUGUGUCACGCCUGCAGAGGACAGGCAUUUGAAACACUGUAGGGAAAAUGAGGCACUUGAGCAACACUGCCAGCAUUGUGCAGUGUUUGCUGGACAAUGCUGUGGUGAGCUGCAGCCCUAAGCAAACAGUUUGUCUGGGGUAAUCGAUCACUUGUAGCACUCUGCUCCCCUCUUAUGGCUUAAAGCUUGGUAAUCUUUGCCUCCCUGGAUGAUCAUUAACCCUGUAAGCAAAGGAAAAGAUGUAUUGCUGGGUGACAACAGGGAACGUUCACUGCAGCUGGGUUUAUCUCCAGUGGGAGUUCCAGCUCCCAGCCCUUGGGGAGAGUCAGCAGCUCCUUGCUCAAGAUGAGCUAAGCUGCAGUGUAAUGGUGUCUGGAACUUAAUUUGAGAGCUUGUGAUUGGGACUAAAAUUGAC